GUCCUGUGUUUUAUAGUAAUAUUGUUAAAAGCUGGUGCGUAUGGUACUUCAGCCCGGAUGAGCGGAUUAUAAGAAUAAGUAACAAAUUAAAUUUGGAUUAUUUCAAGAAAAGGCCAGUGCAGAUGCAUGGCUAUAUGAAGAUGCCAUCUUUACAAUAUGGUUUAUUCCUUAUAUAUCUUACGAUAAUUUGUUUGUUGAUGUCUUUUGUUAAACUUGGAAAAUAUCUGCUUUUCAAAUACCCUUCUUUUUUCACUGCUGGGAUCUUUUCAAGAACGGGGCCAACUAGACAACAGGUGAAAGAAGGUUUUACUAAAUGUGUUUUGUAUGGUGAGGGCUGGGAAGGCAAACUACCACAGCCUUGCGACCGAUAUCUAUCUAAACCAAAUAAAAGGAUGAAGCUAACUAUUACAGGACCAGAACCAGGAUAUGAUUUCACGUCAAUAUGUAUGGUUCAGUCUGCCCUUGUCAUUUUGCAGGAGAAAGAUAGAAUACCCAUCAAUGGUGGUGUUCUGACUCCUGGUGUGGCUUUCCAAUUCACUACUUUUUCUGAAAGACUAGAAAAGAGUGGCAUCACUUUUGAAUUUGAAGAUGAUAUUUAAAUUCCGGUCUCAAUUAAAAAUAUCUUAAAUUUUUUACUGAAGAACUUUAUAGGUAAAAACUGAGCUUUAUUAAAUAAAUUUUGCUUAUUUGUGGUGUUUCGUAAAACAUAUUUGAAGUAAUGGUUUUGUAAGGUGUCUUGAAUUGUGUUUUCAAUUAAUCACAUUGUAAACUGUUCUUUAAAGAAAUAAAGAUAUUGUAAAUGCAA